CAAUCGUUUUCGUUCUUCGGGCAAUUGAGGGAGGGAGAGAGGUCAGACCAGAAGUCGCUCGCGAGCUUUAUCAAUUUAAUUGUUGUAAAAUCCUUUUAGGGUUUCGCUAGCGAUCUCUGGUACUGUUACGGUUGGGCUUUCCAUCAUCGGAAUUAAACCCUCUUCUUCGCCGGAAGACUUUUGAAAUGUUGAAAUAGCACUCGCGGGGGAGAAUUUAUUUAGUGUUAUCCUCGAAUUCGUCGUUGGUGGUAGCUACCUUCUGAUUCUCUUUGCUCACUUCUUCUCCUCUCGAUGACAAAACGGGUAUUCCAAGCCUGGAAAGGAAGCAAUAAAUUCAUCCUUGGUGGGAGAUUGAUAUUUGGACCAGAUGCUAGGUCACUGCCUCUUACUUUGCUACUGAUCAUUGUUCCAGUUGCUCUGUUCUGUGUAUUUGUGGCAAGACAUCUUCGCCAUGAGUUUUCAUCCUACAAUGCAGGUUAUGCUAUCUUAGUGGUAGCCAUUCUAUUCACUAUUUAUAUAUUGAUCCUCCUCUUCUUCACAUCUGCACGAGAUCCUGGUAUAGUUCCACGAAAUUUGCAUCCACCAGAGGAAGAACUUCGUUAUGAGACAACAAUAUCAGCUGAUGGAAGACAAACACCAAGUGUUCAUAUUCCUAGGACCAAGGAAGUCAUGUUUAAUGGUGUUUCUGUUAGAGUGAAAUACUGUGAUACAUGCAUGCUUUACAGGCCUCCUCGUUGCUCUCAUUGCUCCAUUUGCAACAACUGUGUUGAGCGUUUUGAUCAUCAUUGCCCGUGGGUGGGCCAAUGUAUAGGACAGAGAAACUAUAGGUAUUUCUUUAUGUUUGUCUCUUCGUCAACACUUCUCUGCAUCUAUGUGUUCUCGAUGUCGGCUUUCUACAUCAAGAUUCUGAUGGAUGAUCAACACGGAACUGUGUGGAGGGCGAUGAAAGCUUCACCUUGUUCAGUUGCGCUGAUGAUAUAUUGCUUUAUUGCCCUGUGGUUUGUUGGAGGACUCACAGCGUUUCACUUGUACCUCAUAAGUACAAACAUGACAACCUAUGAGAGUUUCAAGUACAGAUCAAACAGCAGAACCGUUGUCUAUAACCGUGGCUGUGCAAACAAUUUCUUGGAGGUAUUUUGCUCGAAGGUGAAGCCCUCGAGGAACAACUUUAGAGCCUUCAUAGAGGAAGAACCUCCAAGAGUUGUAACUCUCCCUAACACCACCAGGGAAUCAGCCGAAACAGAUGAGGAAAAUGGGACCCGGCGACAGAAAGUGGAAGACGAUCUAGACAUUGGGGACGAUCUUAUGAACCUCUCACAGCGUUGUAAUGCAGAAGAGGGGAACAACGGUCAGUCUCAUCACACUUUGGACAUAGACCAUGAGAGAGCAGGCUCAAUAAGGACAGAAACAAGGCAUGGAAGCUGGGGAAGCAGAAGUGGGAGCUGGGAUAUUGCAGCAUCAGAGGUGAGGGAAAGCCAAAGCUACACAACAGGAAAAGAAGGAAGGGGAUGAGUUUACCUUACUUUGUUUUAAUUGUUUCAAAGACUUAGGGGUUCUCUAUUAGGACAGAAGUCGGUAGAUGUGAUUUGGUUUCGGGGAUUUGCGAAUCAGUUCAUGUAAUCUUGAGUAUAUACAAUACCAAGAGUAGUAGUUCUAUUUCUUUUCGUUUUCAUAAUUUGUAUUGUGCUCUUUUGUUGAUAUGAUGUGAAUAUUCCAAUCUGUAUUUGCGUUCCCUAUAAUCGCUACCUUUUAGAA